CCGUCAAACAUCCCUUGUCGCCAGCAUAAUAUGAGAAUAUGACAUCCCUGUAGCGCCUCGGUGGCUUUCUAACAAUUAACAAUGCGCACAUUGCAAAUGCAGGCACGGCUGAACACGGUUCAGCAUGUGGCAAGCGAACUCGAACCAUGCUAAUAUCGUGUGGUCUGUCUGUCAGUGCGGCAAUUUGGCCUCGUCGAAUCUGGUCUUGACGAUAAGGUGGCUAAGGCACCACUCCUUUGUCGCGAGAUUCUAUUAUGUCAGUUAAGAUAUGGGAUAUCUCAGAUGUGAAGAUUAGGACAACUUUAGAUAUCCCCUUGUCUUUAUCAUUUCUGUGAGGGAGAUAUAUAAGGCUGGCAGUUAGCAAAUCACCGUUCGCAUGUUCUACGACAUUGUGCAUUUGUCCUUGGAAUUAAUUUAUCACGUUUUGUUGCCGCUCUCAGAAGAAGCUGCGUGGCAUGGCCGACAUCAGCACUACUCCAGGUAGUCAAUCAGGAGAUGUGACCGAACAUAAAGAUCCCUCUCUAUCGGAAAAGGCUGAGGACUAUGACCUUGACGAGGAAGCUGUGAGAAUCGCUGAUGAAGAUUUGAAUCGAAAGAAGAAGCAGACACAUAAAGGAUGGAUGCUCGUAUGGCUUGCAUUCCAAUCAACUGGAGUUAUAUACGGCGAUAUCGGAACUAGUCCUCUAUAUGUUUACUCAUCUACCUUCUCGAAUCAACCAACCUACGAUGAUCUUGUUGGAGCCCUAUCCAUCAUCAUCUGGACAUUAACUAUUAUGGUCACUGUAAAGUAUAUGUUUAUAGUUUUGUCAGCUGAUGAUGACGGGGAGGGAGGGACCUUUGCGCUAUACAGCCUCUUAGCUCGCUACGCCCACAUCGUCCAGCGGGACCCAAACCUUCAAGGUUCUUUGAGGCUGGAACGGUAUCACACAGCGGAUAUGAAGCUUGCGAAUAAGGGCAUUCGAACCAUGAUUGAGAACUCCCAGGUCGCCAAAGUUUGUCUGAAGAUUCUGGGGGUCUUGGGAGUUGCUAUGGUGAUGUCUGACGGUGUCCUCACUCCCGCUCAGUCUAUCCUAGGAGCCAUUCAAGGCCUCAGGGUCGCACAACCAAACAUCUCAUCUGCUACUAUCGUUGGAACAUCAUGUGCUAUUAUCGUCGUUCUUUUUGCUGCGCAACCGUUUGGAACCUCUAAAAUUGCAACCUCAUUUGCGCCAAUCGUCAUGAUCUGGUUGCUCUUUAAUGCCUGCUGUGGCAUCUACAAUCUUGCAAAAUUUGACCACUCAGUCCUCAAAGCCUUCAGCCCAUACUUUGCUGGUUCUUUCCUGGUUCGUAACGGGACAGAUGGAUGGCAGACGCUGAGUGGUUUGUUACUUGCCUUUACUGGAGUUGAAGCCCUCUUCGCCGAUCUAGGCGCCUUCAGCAAACGGGCUAUCCAGAUUUCCUGGCUGUGCUUUGCAUUUCCAUGUCUACUAUUAGCCUAUAUCGGUCAAGCAGCAUACAUCGCGCAGGAUGCUACGGCGACGGCAUACACUAACCCGUUCUUCUAUACAGUCAUUCCAGGAACCUUCUACUUUAGUAUCGUGAUAGCAGUUAUGGCUACAAUCGUCGCCUCGCAGGCGAUGAUUACAGGCUCUUUCCAACUCCUCUCCCAGAUUAUGAAGAUGUCGUACUUCCCUCAUAUCAAGACUGUGCAUACAUCUACGCUAUUCCAUGGUCAAGUUUAUAUGCCAUUAGCGAACUGGUUACUGAUGAUUGGUUGUGUCAUUGUCACUGCUGCAUACAGUAAUACCACAAGGAUAGGGAACGCCUACGGUGUAUGUGUGAUCUUCGUAACGUUUAUCACAACCUGUCUCAUCUCUCUCGUUGCAAUACUUGUAUGGCGCUUCAACGUCCUCAUCGUCAUCUUCUUCUUCCUCGUCUUCGGUUCCCUAGAUGGCGCGUAUCUCUCGGCAGCACUCACUAAAGUCCCUAACGGGGCCUGGUUUACCCUUAUGCUUGCAUCUAUUCUUUCAUGCAUAUUUGUCCUGUGGCGUUUUGGAAAAGAGCAGCAAUGGGCCGCAGAAAGGGCAGAUCGUUUCCAGCCUUCCCAUCUCCUAUCUUCGACUGACAAAGGCGAGGACAAACUCACCGCAGCUUACGGUGGUAGUAUUGUCUCGAAAACCCCUGGUAUAGGCAUCUUCUUCGAUAAAGCCGGCGACAUGGUCCCUAUCGUAUUCGCACAAUUUGUGAGGAAAUUCAGUGCGCGGCCAGAGAUAAUUAUUUUCUUCCAUAUGCGCGCUCUAUCCAUGCCCUCAAUUCCGGAAUCCGAGAGGUUCGUCAUCCAGCGGACUCCGAUCCCCGGCUGCUAUCGUAUUACUGUACGACAUGGCUAUACAGAUUCGAUCGUCUCUCCUGAUCUUGGGAGACUACUUGCCGGUCAAUUAACUUUAUUCAUAACCCGCGGCAACUCAUCGAAUAUAUCUCCUACAGAGUACCCUCCAGCUGUUCAGGCGGAACUCGAUGCCCUCAGUAACGCUUUGGCGUCACAGCUUGUGUAUGUGAUGGGCAAGGAAGAGAUGAAGAUUAGACAUGGGACAAAUAUUUUCAGGAGGGUGCUUUUAAUGAUGUUCCUGUGGAUGAGGGAGAAUAGUAGGACAAAGAUGGCGGAUAUGAAUAUUCCGACCGAUAGCUUGGUUGAAAUGGGCUUUAUGAAGGAAAUUUAGAUGUUGGGGGCUUUUUGUUCGAAUUCAAUUCUAUCCCGAGGAGGUCAUGCCACCCUGCUGAUAAAAACUCCUCUUCUAAUCAUGGUCGAAUGAUAAUCGUGAUGGUAAGCGAUGUGACGAUUCGCGGUAGGGGCUAUUAUUUCUAGGCUGAUGAUUGUUAUAUUCUUUAAACUGCUGCUCCGAAGCCUGGCCAUAAUAAAGCUAUUUCGGUUAUUCCUACGCGACCGUCACAAUUGCGACCGUAAGUACCUCUCCAUAGUAAUUUGUAUGUAAAGAUACAUAAUUAAGC